UAUUUCAUUACAUAGGAUUUACUAUUAUUUGACCUAUAUUUAGUGUUAUAUAUGAAGUGUUAAAUGUAUAUAACUUGUUAGAAAGCAAGUUACCUUUUGAAUUCCUUUACAAUUAUUACAUUGGCUAUAUUUCCGUUCGGAUCACUCAGAUGACCCCCCACCAAACUAUAGAAAAAAAUGUAUUUAAGGUUAUUAAUGAGAUGAACAUCAGAAAAGCUAAAGCAUGCUUUUUGGUCUUGAUGGUUAAUUUUCCAUUAAUAUUGUUAUUUUAAAAUAAAACAUGGUUACGAAAGAAAAAAGCACUGGAGAUUACCGCACUGUGUGGUUAAAGUAUGAGCUAACGAAUUCGGAUAAACAUCAAUUGUUUUUAAAAGAACAUAAAAUACAAAAACAAGAGCCAGAAUUUCCACGAGGCCGUACUUUAUUUGUACUAAAUCUACCACCUUACACAACUGUGUCUUCCCUGAGAGCAGCAUUUUCUAGGCACUGUGGACAUGUUAAAUCGGUGAAACUCGCUGCUCGUGUAGCAAGCACCAAAAAAGGUUAUAAAACUGCUUAUGUAGUUUUUUCAAAAGAAUCGGAAUUACAGCAGGCAAUCUCUUUACCGAAGGAUUUUGUGAUUAUAUUAAAUUCAAAUGAGGCUCCUGGUUUAUUUGGGAUAAAAAAAUGGAGUAAAGAAUAUAAUUCCGGCAUGAUAUUAAACGAAAAAGAAGUUAAGGAAUCAAUUGAAAAGUAUAUGGUUGCGUAUGAUAAAAUAGUAACGGCUGAAGAAAAUGAAGAAGAAGUAGACGAAGAUGGUUUUAUAAAAGUUUCGAGUAAAAAGAAACGUGGACAAUUUGCACCUCAAAGAAAGGAGUCGACGAUAGAAGAGAAAAAAAAGAAACUGCAAAAGGAGAAGAAAUUAGUUAACUUUUACCAAUUCCAAAUACGAGAAGCUAAAAAACAACAACUGGAGGAGAUGAGAAAGAAAUUUGAGUUAGACAAACAAAAAGUCAAACAACUUAAAUCUCAAAGAAUAUUUAAACCAUUUGGAUAAAAAACAAUUUUAUAUUUAUUAAUAAUAAAUAUUUUAUAUAAAAAACAUUAACUUUGUACAUCAUUUAUUAUUAAUAUCAUUUUUUUAAAUUUUAUACAACCGGAACUUUUGAACCAUAAGUCAUUAAUGUCCAUUCGAUUAAAAAGUGUCGACACGCAAGUGGUUGCAGUAAAGCCAACAAUUCUUCUGUUAA